UUGUUCUAAUUUUUACACUUUCAAUAUUGAUUUUGUUUCUUUGUUUAAAUUUUAUCUAAAGUUUUAGCUUAAGAUAUAACAUAUAUUUAUGAAUCUAUGAUCCUCAAAGAUUCUCAUUUAAGGUACCCCAAACCGGUCACGUGGAACAUGAGAGAGAGAGACCCCGUAUUUUUAUGAAAAAGUUAGUUACUUUGACCGUUGAAUGGAAGUUGAACGCAAAGACUCAUGUCAUAACCGGUCACUAGUAAAGACUUUAUUAACUGUAUAAAAGUGGAUGGUAACGUAGUAUAUCUAUAAUAAUGUCCUAAUAAAGAUAGUUAUCUCGAAAUGUUGUCACCAAGUUAUCUCGAAAUGUUGUCACCACAAUUGAAAAAGUACAUAUGUCAAAGCUUAGAGAUUAUAAAAUCUAGUGAUCUUUGAUAUGUUGUAUGAUGUAGUUUCGGUUUUGGGAAAAUUAUUGAAUUUCAGUCCAUAAACUCAUAGUAAUCCAAAAAUGAUUAUCACUGACUGACUUAGGCGAGUGAUGUUAUAUAAUUGUGUUAUGUGCUCUACAUUUCUGAAUUAACUGCCGUUGAAAUUGUAAUAGUUGGAUACAACAGUGAUGGGUUACAGGGGGAAGAAUAAGCUUAGGAGAUGAAAGAAGGAAAAGCAGGAAACUGACCCCACGAAGACCCUCAAGUAGACAAAAGGUUUGGCCGAUCAAGACAUCCACUAUGCAUACGAAUACGAUAGAUACUUGUAUAUAAAUGCAGAAAUGAAUGUGAAUAUAUUUGCAAAAAUGGACAAGAGAGGAACAAGAGCAUGUUAUGAUAAUGAAGGACCUCCCCACCUGCAUUCAAUGUUUGUCUUACUCUCUUUACUCUCUUAUUUAUCUUUCUAAUUCUGCCUACAAAUACUCCUUCCCUAUUCUCUUCUCUUACACUUAUAAACACAUUUCAAACUACAUUUUUCCUGCUCUCAUCUAUCUUUUAUUAGACAACAUAAAUAUAAGUAUUUGAAGAAGAAAAAUAAGAGAGGUCAUGUCUUGCUCUGUAAGGAGUAGAUUCGCGAUGGUGUUAUGUAUCAUUAUUUUGCUUUUGUCAUCCAAUGUUGGAUAUGCCAGUGCUCGUCGGCUAGGGCUUCGCAAGCAUCACCACAAGGUUGCUUCUCUCGUACAUGGCGGAGGGAAAAGGAGGGUGCUUGGUGGAAUCGAGACAGGGGAAGUAGUGGUCAUGGACUAUCCUCAGCCUCAUCGUAAGCCUCCCAUCCACAACGAGAAGGCUUAACUGCUCGAUCCAUACCUCUUUAUCUCUAUCAUACUGUUAUUUUCAUAUAUGUAUGCAUUCACCAUGUUGCUGGUUGUAAUGACUUGUCCUAUAUACAAUAAUAUAUACAUGACCAACUUUUCUGUUCU